AGCUUUAUUUUCUUCUUCUCUUCCAAAAAUUUUCCAAAGAUUUCAAACCUCUCUCUCUCUAAUGGCGGCGGCGACGAUGAGCAGAGACCAAUACGUCUACAUGGCGAAACUCGCCGAGCAAGCGGAGCGUUACGAAGAGAUGGUCCAGUUCAUGGAAAGCCUCGUAACCUCCGCCACACCUUCCGGCGAGCUCACGGUGGAGGAGAGGAACCUCCUCUCCGUGGCCUACAAGAACGUGAUCGGAUCUCUUCGAGCCGCGUGGAGGAUCGUGUCUUCGAUCGAGCAGAAGGAAGAGAGCAGUAAGAACGAGGAACACGUGUCCCUCGUCAAAGACUACAGAUCUAAGGUCGAGAGUGAACUCUCCACGAUCUGCUCGGGGAUCCUCAAGCUGCUCGACACGCAUCUGAUACCUUCGGCUAGUGCUAGCGAGUCCAAAGUGUUUUACUUGAAGAUGAAAGGUGAUUACCAUCGGUACAUGGCUGAGUUCAAAUCUGGUGAUGAGAGGAAGACGGCUGCUGAAGAUACUAUGGUCGCUUACAAGGCUGCUCAGGAUGUUGCGGUUGCUGAUCUAGCGCCUACGCAUCCGAUCAGGCUGGGUUUGGCUCUUAAUUUCUCGGUGUUUUACUACGAGAUUCUCAAUUCUUCGGAGAAAGCUUGUAGUAUGGCUAAACAGGCUUUCGAGGAAGCAAUUGCGGAGCUGGACACGUUGGGAGAGGAGUCGUACAAAGACAGUACUCUCAUCAUGCAGUUGCUAAGGGAUAAUCUAACCCUCUGGACCUCCGAUAUGCAGGAGCAGAUGGAUGAGGCCUGAAGGUCUUGUGGAAGAACAUACUCUAAUGUAAUGUCCCGACAACCAUGACCGAGUUCAAACCCCGAACCCUCCCUUCUCUAGAACUUGUCGAAACAAAAAAAAGUGUGUUUUUAUGACAGAUCAUGUGCACAGCUUUGGUGUUAUAUGCUGCUCUGUUACAACUUUGUUUUUUUUUUCUUAAUUUAUCCUCUUUGGUUAUUCCUCUGCAAAAUUUCAUAUUUUGAAAACAAUUAUUCAGUGUCCCAAUCUUAGCUGGGAGAGUGUUGUAACUGAAAUCUUCCGGUCUUCUAAAUUUCGGUUUGGUUGAAGUAUAAAUCUAUUAUGAUAUCGGUUC